AUGUCGACUUCGGCAGUGUAUUCUCCCCAUCCACCUACACACAAUCUGCCCGGCACCAGCAACUCUUCCGCAAACGACACCCCCACCCCCACUACCACCACCACCAAGGCACGCUUCACUCGUGCACGCUCAGCUACGUCGGGCGGUGGUGGUCCAAGUGUCUCUCCGACUCGCCCUAUGUCAUCACCUCGCAAGUCUCCCAAGAAAAUGACAAGCCCUAGUCGUGCAAGCCCUGGGCGUCAAACCUCUUCAGCCGGCGCAGGCGAAGGGGCCGGGCCUAACGGUACGACACCAACAAUCGAUUCACCCAACAAGACAUCAACCGAACAGACAUCCACCGCUGCCAACGACUCAUCAACCCCAGCGCCGGGUGUUGAUGCAUCGACGGCCUCGCCACCCUUGCAGAAACAACAUUCCGGUGACAAACAGCAGGCCGACGAACCGAUCACAGAAGAUCCCGCCGUCGAAACAGAUUCCUCUGCGAAAACUCAGAAGAUCAUGCUUGUCUUCGGUCGCAAGCGCAAGGCUCCCAUCGACGAUGACAUGACCACGGUCAGCUCAGAGCUGCACACCCCCAACGCGACAACUCCUCCCACGGAUCAGGCGAACCACGCUUUGGAUGCGACUGUUCCAGGCGAGAAGGCUUCUGCCGUGUUGGAUCAUGCCGGCAACAAUGUCGUGCCUGACGCUACCCCUUCUGCCACCAAUUCUCUUGCAAACAGCUCAGCUCCAGCGGCCGCAGACUCUGCCGCUGCUCCCGGAACAGCUGCAUCCAACACGCACACGACCAACACUCCCACCACUACAGCCGGUGCUGAUGCUUCUGUCGCAGCGGAUGCGGCCGUGGCUGCUGCUGUGGCUGCCGCAGAGGAGAAGCCCAAGCGUGCGCCUAGAAAACGCCGCAAGUGGCUGCGUCGAGGCGAGGUGGACCCUGACGACCCCAAGGCGGUCGCGGAACAGAAGGCCCGCCACGCGCUUAUCGACGCCGCGAUUGAGGCACUUGAUCAGCAAGAGCAGGCGGUCCUCGACGAGACGCAUCCGCAGCUUGUUGAACUGCUUGAGGAACUCGAGAAACGUCGUCAGCUUCGGCUCAAUUACGCUCUGUCCAAGUACAAUGCAGAGAAGAACGAGCUUGACAACCUCCGACGACAAGAGCUCGACCAGAUUCGUUUCCAGUUCAGGGACCUCGCAGACAAGAUGAUGUUCGAGUGCCGCCGCAACAUUUCACGACUCGAGGCUGAGAAGGUCUACCUCGAUCGCGGGAUGCCGAAGCAUCACGUAAGGCCCAAGAAAUUCUACACCAACAUGCCGACGCUGGGUGAGGGACGCGGUUCCGGAGGUUGGCGUCUCCCGACGUCCAAGCUGCUUUCCAACGGCAAGCAGCGGACACGGCCUGUGUAUGCAAAGGACGAGUGGCGAAGUCGUCGCGCCAUUGACUUUGGAAUUCAGCCUGCUAAUCGUCACGACGUCAAUGAUGACCUCGUCGCCCUGGGACUCAGGGACCCACCGACACCAUCACCCUCGCCGACUCCCUCCCCUUCGCCCUCGCCAGAGCCGAUUCUUGUCGAGGAGGAAGUUAUUGAGAUUCUCAAGCCCGAGCCUGAGCCUGAGCCUGAGCCCCCUCGUCCUAUCGAGAUUCCCGAGCCGAUAGAGCAGCAGCCGCCACCUCCCCCUGAGCCCGUCCGGGUCGUGCCUGCCGGUCCCCCUCCUGUUAUGUGGAACGAGCCCCUUCCUCCUAAAGAGGCUCCACCGCCACCUCGACCUGCGCCGUUCCCUUCGAAGGGCUACGAGCGUGGUGGGUCGGUUGUUCCUCCUCCACCCCCCAUGGGGCCGCCCGAGCGCGAGCCGUGGAUUCCCAGCUACCGACCGCCUCCGCCUGCCCAUGAACCUCUUCCCCCUCGUCGCGGCUCCAUCCCCUCUCGAGAGAUGGACCGCGGUGCCCCGCCUCCCAUCCCCAUCGACCGUUCCCGACCACCUCACUACGACCCCUACUUCCGCGAGCCACCCCGCGAUGCUCCUCGUAUGUUCGACCCCAUGCGCGACCCCCGUAUGGAGCCUCACCCGAUGGACCCGCGCAUGGGUGGUCCGCCGCCGCCGAACGCGCACAUGCGACCCGGCGAGCCGCUCAUGAGUGACCCCCGCCGCGACCCGCGCGAUCCUCGCGACAUGCGUCCCGACCCCCGUAUGGACCCCCGUGAUCCUCGGGCUGAUCCCCGCGAUCCUCGUGACAUGCGCCCGGAUCUGCGACCAGACAUGCGCGGCCCGCCACCGCCGCCCCCUGGACCACGUUACGACGACCGUGGACCCUACUACAACCGGCCUCCUCCGGGAAGCAUGUACGAGUCGCCGGCGACGCGUAUGGACGGGCGCUGGAGCGGGCCUCCUUCGCGUCCUCCCCCUGGUUACUACCGGGACGACUGGCGCCCUGGACCGGGCCCUCCCCUCCUGGGCCACCCACGGGCCCUCCCCCUCCUCGGGAAUACUAUGGUCCGCCGGGCGGCUACGUUCCCCGCGAGCCCCGCUUCCCCGGCAUGA